AUGAGCGAGCUCAAAUGGCCGUCUGCGCUGGUGCGCGAGGCCUUUUUUGACUAUAUGCGGCAGCGGGGUCAUACAAUAGUGCCUUCUGGUUCUGUCGUUCCCUACGAUGACCCCACCUUGCUCUUCACCAACGCGGGCAUGAACCAGUUCAAGCCCAUCUUCCUCGGCACCAUUAACCAGUCCGAUCCCAUGGCCAACCUCAAGCGUGCCGCCGACACCCAAAAAGUCAUCCGUGCGGGCGGUAAGCACAACGAUCUCGACGAUGUCGGCAAGGACAGCUACCACCACACCUUCUUCGAGAUGUUGGGCAACUGGUCCUUUGGCGACUACUUCAAGAAGGAGGCUAUUGAGAUGGCCUGGGAGAUUCUUACAAAGGUCUAUGGACUCGACCCUAAACGACUAUAUGCGACCUACUUCGAGGGUAAUAAGGAGCUUGGCCUGCCCCCGGACGACGAGGCUAAGCAGUUAUGGCUGGACAUCGGCAUGCCCGAGGAUCAGAUCGUUCCUGGAGAUAUGAAGGACAACUUUUGGGAAAUGGGUGACCAGGGUCCUUGCGGUCCCUCCAGUGAGAUUCAUUACGACAAAAUUGGUGGACGAAAUGCGGCGCACAUUGUCAACAAGGAUGACCCCAUGGUUGUGGAGAUUUGGAACCUCGUUUUCAUGCAGUUUGAUCGCCAAAAAGAUGGCAGCCUGAAGCCUUUGCCCGCAAAGCACAUUGACACGGGUAUGGGUUUCGAGCGAAUGGUCUCCGCGCUCCAGGAGACCGACUCCAACUAUGCCACGGACUGCUUCACCCCUCUAUUUAAGCAGAUUGAGGAAGUCACUGGCGUAAGACCGUACUCAGAUAAGUACGGCAAGGACGAUGCUGAUGGCAUUGAUACCGCCUACCGAGUGAUUGCAGAUCACAUCCGAACUCUUUCCUUUGCAAUUACAGACGGUGCCGUUCCCAACAGCGACGGCCGCGGCUACGUUAUCCGACGAAUUCUCAGAAGAGGUGUACGAUAUGCGCGCAAGUACCUUAAGGCCGAAAUCGGCAGCUUCUUUUCCAAAAUCCUUCCCGCUCUCGUUUCUCACAUGGGAGAUCAGUUUCCCGAGCUCGUUAAGAAGCAGCUGGAUAUCAAGGAAAUUCUUGAUGAGGAAGAGGAGGCCUUCGCACGCACGCUGGACCGUGGCGAGGCCCAGUUCGAAAAGUAUGCGGCCAAGGCGGCCAAAAAUGGCGUCAAGAAGCUUGAUGGUGAUGUUGUCUGGCGCUUGUAUGAUACCUUUGGUUUCCCCGUUGAUUUGACCCAGAUUAUGGCCGAGGAGCGUGGUCUUGAGAUCGAUGAGAUUGAAGUCAGCGUUGCCAGGGAGAAGGCCCGCGAAGCAAGCAAAGCUGUCAAGGCGUCCGUUGACACCUUUGCCAAACUUGAUGUUCACCAGAUCGCCCAGCUUGACCAGCAAAAGGUUGCUCGAACAGACGACGAUGCAAAGUUUGUGAAGGGGGACAGCAAGGGCAAGGUUCAGCUCAUCUUUGAUGGAAAGUCCUUCCACAACUCUACCAAAGAGUUGCCAAAAAAUACUGCCAUCGGUAUUCUGCUGGACAAGACCAACUUCUAUGCUGAAUCUGGUGGCCAAGUCGCCGACACUGGCCGAAUUGUGAUUGACGACGUUGUUGAAUUCAAGGUCAUGGAUGUUCAAAAUUAUGGUGGCUUCAUUCUACACAGCGGUUACAUUGAGUACGGUGCGUUGUCGUCAGGCGAUGAGGUUAUUUGCGAGUACGACGAACUUCGCCGUUCGCCCAUCCGCAACAACCACACCGGAACGCACGUGCUGAAUCACUCCCUACGAGAGGUUCUCGGGGACGACAUCAACCAGAAAGGUUCCUUGGUGGACAAUGAGAAGUUGCGUUUCGACUUCUCACACAAGAGCCAGGUCAAGAUUGAGGAGCUUCGCAAGAUUGAAACCCUCAGCAACGAAUACAUCCGCCGCAACUCAAAGAUCUUCUCUAAAGACGUGGAUCUAGAUCUCGCGCGCCAGAUCGAGGGAGUCCGUGCCGUCUUUGGCGAAACGUACCCCAACCCUGUGAGGGUCGUCUCCAUUGGCAUGGACGUGGACACCAUGCUCAAGGACCCCAAGAAGCAGGAGUGGCGUCAAUACAGUGUCGAAUUUUGCGGCGGUACCCACGUCGAGCAGACCGGGCUGAUUAAGGACCUUAUCCUGGUCGAAGAGAGCGGCAUUGCCAAGGGUAUCCGCCGCAUUAUUGCCUACACUGGCGAUGCGGCGCAUCAAGUACAGCGCGAGGCGGCCGAGUUCUCCAAGAAGCUAGAUGUCCUCGAAGCCAUGCCCUUUGGCCCUGCGAAGGACGCCCAAACCAAGGUCAUUUCACAGGAGCUCAGCCAGCUCGUCAUUUCUACCCUUGCCAAGGACGAGCUCAACACACGCUUCCAGAAGAUUGCGACGUCUGUCGUCGCCGAGCAGAAGAAACGCCAGAAGGCCGAGGCCGGUGCGGCUGUAGGCUGCGUCGUCAAGCACUUUGAGGAGAAGAAGGAAGCCGACUAUUUCGUCGGCCGUCUCCCCAUCAGUGCCAACGCCAAGGCUCUGACAGAAGUGUUCAAGCACUUCCAGGCCAAGGACAAGACCAAGUCCGUGUAUGUUUUCGGAGGCAGUCAGGAAGAAGGUGCCGUUGUGCACGGCGUCUAUGUCGGAUCCGGCCUUGCAUCCAAGGGUGUCACCGCCGAGCAAUGGGCGUCGGUGGUAUCAGACGUCGUAGGCGGCCGGUCAGGUGGUAAAGAGCCCACGCGCCAGGGCCAGGGCACGAAACCCGAGAAGAUUGAUGAUGCGGUCGAAGCAGCAAGGAAAUGGCUCGAAGAAAAGCUCUAA